AUGGAAGAAGAGGGACCAUUGAGUCGCUUAGAUUGCUACAAGGAACUGUGUGUGCUUGGGCACACCUAUGAAGUCAGAGUCACCGAAAAACCUAUGCAUAUUCCGUUCAAGUAUGAAGACAUUGGCUUAGACUUGGGUAAAUUUUCUCUUGGCCAAUGCAACUUUAUUUUUGACGAGACACAAAUUGUUGUUGUCCUCUCCUUCUUCCUACGGUGUCACAAAGCCAUUGGGUUUUCCUGGUCUUAUCAUAGAAUUGUGCAAAACUCAUGGGGUGUAGAUACCCACCCAUCCAUGGAAAAUUUUCAGCAGCAUGAAAGGGAGGCUGAAGAAGAAGAAUCUGAUGAGAAUGAUGAUGUAUCGGAGGAUGAUGAGGAGGAAGAAGUUGGAGAAGACUGA